AUGCUUCUCAUUCUCAAAGCUUGCACUGUAAAGCCCUGCUUCAUUCGUGGCAGCCAAAGAGCAAACGUUCCAGAAGCCAUAGCUCACGACUGGAAGCCGCUACAAGAGAAAACUCUGAGAAGUGUAGCCAGGCUGCUCCGUCCAGAGGGACUCCAGGAUGGACUAGUUGUGCUGGCCAAGGAACUUGGAACUAGCUGGUCGAUGACUAGAACUUGCGCGGAUAAACAAAGUUUUUCCUUUUCCACAACCGCAGCUAUGGCUUUUGUGGAGCACUUGGUCCUCCUAAGGCUGAAGAAGGAGUUAUCAAAUUCUCAAGAAGAAGAAUUGCUACACGCGCUCAACAGUCUCAAGAGCCUGGAUGGCAUUCUCUACUUCAGAGCUGCCAGGAUUGCGGAGAUCAGCGGUACGUUUUCAUUUACUCACGCCCUCUACGCCAGGUUCUCCGGGAAAGAAGCUCUUGCGCACUACUUGCCACAUCCCGAGCAUCUCAAAGUUGUGGAGAUGGGCAGGCAAAUAUGCGACGACUACUUCGUGCUCGACUGGGAGACCAACGAUGCCUCUCAAGUGGGAGACGGCCCCAAAGUCUUCAUGGUUGUGAAGCUCAAAGACGGGGUUGAUUCACAUGUGCUCCUGGAAGUGGCUUCCGUGUGUGCAAAGCAGGCUUCUCAGGGGAGAUUUGUCAGUGCUGGUUCCGAUUUUUCGAAGCGGGGCAGCGGUUUUGAUUUUGGAUAUCUGCUGGGAACUUGCAGCGAUUGUCCUCCUGACCAACAUGCUACUGCUCUUAAGCAUCUGCAAGACGAGCUUACGUUCCUCCAGGGAGCGAGCGAUUCUUUCUUGGAGAGCUCUUUUGUCGUCCAGUGUUGACAAAGAUUACUAUGUAAAUUAUGGAGGAAAUAUGGGAUUUAAUUAAUUUCUGGUA